AGAAUUUGAAAAAGUUGCCCACGCUCACUGCUCUGGGGAACGACGAACUGUGUGUGCGUAUGUGUGCGCUGCAAUCCGAGCUGAGGCGGGACAAGGACCGACGAGAUUUUGAAGUUUUUCAUUUUCCCCCGUCACCUCACACCAACCAACCUAUUAUCAUUUUCUCCCAGAAUUAAUACAAACAACAUGCCUCCCGGAAGGCAAUCCCACGGGCGACAAGCCCACGGCCGACCGCUGCUCUCCGCGAAGCCCGCAGCAAAGACCUUCCGCAAGUCAAAGAACAAGGCCCAGGUCAAGGCCCUCGACGCCUUCACAACCGCCUCGGAGCUGUACGCGCCCAAGGAGAAGCGCACCCCGCGCUUCCGCGAGAUCGAGGCCGCACCUGAAGACCGAAAGAAGCGCCGUGCCGCCGACGAUGAUGACGACGAAGACGGAGAGGACGAAGACGAGGAUGACGACCAGCCGAGACGAAAGAAGGCCAAGCCAUCGGCUGGCGGCGGAGGCGACGACUAUGAUGAGUACUUCAGCGACAGCGACGGGAACGAAUGGCAUCAUGGCGUCAACGAGGACGAGGACUCGGAAAUUGACAGCGACGAGGCCUUUGGGGACAGCGAUCACGAAGAUUUCCAGGGCUAUGGCUUAGGAGGUAGCAAGGGCAAGAAGGGAAAGCAGGACGACUCUGAUGAGGAAGACGACGAAGACGACGACGAGUCCCUCGGCGAGGACGCGAUAGACCUGGCCCAAGCCCUCGACGAGUACGAGUCCGACGAGUCCAUGGCCGACCAAGAAGGCCAAGACGACUCAGACGCCUCAGACUCCGAGGCCGAGAGCCCGCCCUCCUCAGACGAGGACGAAGACGACCAGGAAGCCGACCCCUCCAAACUCGGCGAUCUCCAAAAGUUCAUCGCCGGCUUCGGCGGCGACGACAACGACGAGGACGCCGCGCCCACCAAGCAGAAGCAAAAGAUCAGCUUCAAGGACCUCGGCCUGUCCGGCGUCAAGGACGCGCAGAUGCGGAAGUCCGUCAAACUCAUGGCCAAGGAAGAGAAAGAAGCAUCCCGCCCCGGCGCGGGCAAGAAGCUCGAGGUGCCCCUGUACAAACGCCAACAAGACCGCCUCGCGCGCGGCGCAGCGUACGAAAAGGCCAGCGAGACGAUUGGGAGGUGGCAGGAGACUGUGAAGCAGAACCGCCGCGCCGAUCACCUCGUCUUCCCCUUGCCGCAAAACGCCGCCGACGAGGGGUUGGAUAACCGCGAGCUGCAGGCCAUCACGGCCAAGACCUCGACGGGCAAUGAGCUCGAGCAGACGAUUCUCAAUAUUAUGCAGGCGUCUGGUCUGGCGAUGAACAAGCAGGAGGAGAAUGCGCGCGCCAAGGCUGAGAGGGAGGAGGGUAUGUCGAAGGAGGCUCUCCAGGAUAUGAUUCACCAGCGCCGACGGGAGAGGGAGCUUGCUUCGCGCGAGACGAAGCGCGCGGCGCGCAUCAAGAAGAUCAAGUCGAAAGCGUACCACCGCGUCCACCGUAAGGAGAAGGAGCGUGAGGCGGCGAAACUCAAGGAGGCCAUGGCCGAGAACGGCGACGUCGAGAUUGACUCCGAAGCUGAGCGUGAUGCCCAGGAUCGCGCGAGAGUGCUGGAGCGCGUCGGCGCGAGACACAGAGAUUCAAAGUGGGCUAAGCUCGGGUCCUCCAACAAGCGCGCCGUCUGGGACGACGAGUACCGCGCCGGUCUGCACGAUAUGGCGCGCCGCGAGGAGGAGCUACGGCGUCGCAAGGAGGGUCGGGUUGGUGGCUCCGACGAGGAAGAUGAAGAGGCCGACGACAGCGAGAGCGACGAUGGAUCCGAAGAUGAGGAGGGAACCGGCCGCCGCAGCGGCAUGGAGAACAGGAGACUCCUCAAACAGCUCGAGGGCCUUGACAACGAAGAGGACGAGGAACCCAAAUCCGACCUGAUGAAGAUGAAGUUUAUGCAAAAGGCCGAGGCGCAGCAGAAGAAGGCAAACGACGAGCUCAUUGCGCAGAUCCGUCGGGACCUCGACUCGGACCGCGAGGACCGCAGCGAUGAGGACGACGACGAUGAGGUCGCGGAGGUAGGCCGCAAGAAGUACGGCAGUGCAGCGCAGCCCGCCAUCUCGGCCCCGACGCUGUCAAGGAAGCAGAAGAAGGCCGCCGCUGCCCGAGGUGACGAUCUCGACACGGAGGACGUCGACGACGCGCCCGACAACAGCGCCGUCAACACGGGCUACUCCCUCACAGCGGAGCCCUCGACAACAGGCUCAGCAUGGUCCUCUGGCCCGCGCAAGAAAUCCGCCAAAACAGGCGGCAAAUCCAGCGGCGCACGCGUAGAGGACCUAGACAACUCCCUCGCCAUCACAGCCGGUCCCUCUUCCUCAUCCUCAAAGAAGUCAAAGUCAAAAUCUUCUUCCUCCUCCGCAACAAAACCAACAACCCUCGCCGACGAAGACACCUCCUCCUCAGACGACUCCGACUCCGACUCCCCAACCUCCCACCUCCCCCUCGCCAUCCGCGAUAUCUCCCAAAUGGACAAGGCUUUUGCAGGCGACGACGUCGUCGUCGAUUUCGCCCGCGAAAAGGAAGCGAUCCAGGACGCCGACGACGACAAAAUCGUCGAUAACACUCUCCCUGGUUGGGGCGGCUGGGUCGGCGACGGCGUGAGCGCGCGCGAGAAGAAGCGCCAGCAGGGCCGAUUCGUGACAAAAGUCGAGGGCGUCGCCAAAAAGGCGAACCGCAAGGAUGCAAAGUUGGAGAGGGUUAUCAUCAGCGAGAAGCGCGUUAAAAAGAACGACAAGUACCUCGCCACGCAGCUCCCUCACCAGUUCGAGUCCAAGGAGCAGUACGAGCGCUCGAUCCGCCUGCCCAUGGGUCCGGAAUGGGUCACUAAGGAAUCGCACCAGGCGGCCGUCAAGCCGCGCGUGCUCAAGAAGCAGGGCAUCAUUGCCCCCAUGUCCAGACCGACGAUGUAAAGAGAGGGAAGACGAAAAAGCAAGACACGCUCGUUGCGUUGUGUAUUGGACAAUGCUUGUUUAUACGACAUGUUACUACCCUAGAUAGAUCACGUCAUGGCACUCUUCCAUCAUCAGGGUCAUUCUCUCAAGGCGUCAAGGGCGAAUAUAAAAAAGUGCAAUUC